AUGCAUACACAACACUCUAGUAUAGCUCCAUACGCGAUUGUUAACACACGCAAGGAUAAAAGUACACAUACAGAUACAGAUACAGAUACACAUACAGAUACAGAUACAGAUACAGAUACAGAUACAGAUGCAGAUGCAGAUACAGAUACAGAUACAGAUACAGAUACAGAUACAGAUACAGAUACAGAUACAGAUACAGAUACAGAUACAGAUACAGAUACAGAUACAGAUACAGAUACAGAUACAGAUACAGAUACAGAUACAGAUACAGAUACAGAUACAGAUACAGAUACAGAUACAGAUACAGAUACAGAUACAGAUACAGAUACAGAUACAGAUACAGAUACAGAUACAGAUACAGAUACAGAUACAGAUACAGAUGCAGAUGCAGAUGCAGAUGGAGUUGCAGAUGGCGUUGCAGAUGCAAAUACAAAUACAAAUAUAAUUACGAGGCAGAAACAGAGAGCUUAG